AUGCCAACUGGAGUAAAUUCUCGUAAUCGUGUUGGAAUUUGGUCCUAUUUGCCCUUCGGCUCAAGCCCUAGGCGCCGUUCCGUCUCCAUCCCGUUGAAGUCUGUCCGCGAUCCAUUCGAGAAGGCUGAUAGGCAUUCGCGGGAUCCAUUUCGGAGUACCACAACCCUGACGUUCCGGAACAUAUUCAUGGUUUUCACCAUGACCCAAAGUCAGAGAACUAGGUAUUUUAAGACGUGGGGGAUUAUUGCAAUUUUAUUGCUCUUUCUUUACGUCCUGCUCCCGUCACGUUCCUCGGUCCCCGCGACGAUCAACACCCCCGUUUCCUCCACAAAAUGCACGAAGCCAUAUGAUUCUUCAAAGCCCCUGAUACAAUACGCGUUGAUGAUCGAUGCCGGAAGUACUGGCUCCCGAAUUCACGUAUACCGGUUUAACAAUUGUGGGCCCACACCAGAACUUGAAAAUGAGGACUUCAAGAUGACUGAGAAGAAGAAAGGUGGUGCAGGGUUAAGUGCUUAUGCAAAUGACCCAGUGGCAGCUGCAAAGAGCUUGGAUCCAUUGAUGGAGGUUGCGCUGACAUCGGUCCCGAGAGAGUAUCAGGCCUGCUCCCCAGUGGCAGUAAAGGCGACUGCGGGUCUGAGAUUUCUAGGCCAGGAAACUAGCGAUAAGAUCUUGGAGGCGGUGAGGGAUCGCCUAGAAACAGUAUACCCAUUCCCCGUCGUUUCGAAGGAACGAGGUGGUAUUGAAAUAAUGGAUGGCAAAUAUGAAGGAGUCUACGCUUGGAUCACCACCAACUAUCUGCUUGGAAACAUCGGCACAAAGGAGCGCAUCCCGACUGCUGCAGUUUUUGAUCUUGGAGGAGGAUCGACCCAAAUUGUCUUCGAGCCCACAUUCAAGAGCGUGAAUGGAGCAGCGCCAGAACAAUUGGCCGAAGGUGCUCACAAAUUUUCUCUGAGUUUCGGAGGCCGAGACUUCGCCCUAUACCAACACUCCCACCUGGGAUACGGACUCAUGAAGGCGAGAGAAACAAUCCACCAAGCCGUCGUGGAGGCUAAACACGAAUCUAACCCUAAUGAUCAAAGCUGGCUUUCUAAGCCACUGGUGAAUCCAUGCCUCAGCGCUGGGAUGAAUCUGAAGGUGAACGUAACUCUCGGGGAGAGCCACCCUCUCGGUAAGGUCGUCGAGGUCAAUAUGACAGGGCCAAAAGACAUACCUUCCGCCGCCCAAUGUCGAGGAAUUGCAGACAAAAUUCUGAAGAAAGAUAUGGAAUGCAAAUUGGCUCCCUGCUCCUUCAACGGUGUUCAUCAGCCCCCUCUCCAGAAGACUUUCGCCCAGGAAGAUCUGUAUAUCAUGUCAUAUUUCUAUGACCGCACAGCUCCUCUCGGGAUGCCGGAAUCUUUCACGCUACGAGACUUACAAGACUUGACAUCUACUGUUUGCUCGGGAUAUGGUAGCUGGGGUGUUUUUGAGAGUAUCAAGGACGCCCUCAGUGAGCUUCUGGACCGUCCGGAACACUGUUUGGAUCUUUCAUUCAUGCUAUCUCUUCUACACACCGGAUACGAUCUUCCUCUUUCUCGCCAAGUUAAAAUUGCGAAGCAAAUCAAAGGCAACGAGCUUGGUUGGUGCUUGGGUGCAAGUUUGCCCCUUCUCAAUAAGGAAUCAGGCUGGCAGUGCCGUGUCAAGGAGGUGUCAUAA